UUUCCUGACCCUUUAAAAAAAAAAAAAAAAAUCUUCAAUGGCAAGGCAAGCGUUUCAAGGAGAUUCUGACUGAUCGAGUCUCGUGAGAGAAACUUUGGUGAACUUCUGCAACAAGAGAUUGAUUUCGGCUCCCAUCACUUCUUCUUCUUUUUUCUUUUUUAAAACAUUCUACCACAUAGUCGAACGACCUCUCUUGACCAUUUUUCCACCCCCACCCCCCAGGACGUCUACUUCCCACCCGCGGAUUUUCAAUUAACUUUUAACUUGGGUUUGGAAGUAAUUUCAGUGGAUAUCAUGCCUCCGAUCGGGCCGGAGAAUCGGGCUCCGCUCGGCCGGCUCUGGGCUCUGGUUUUGGCGCUGCUGGUGUGCGCUGCCUCGGUGACUGGAUGCCCGCACAAGUGCAGCUGCUCCGGAUCGCAUGUGGACUGCCAGGGUCUCGGCUUGAAGACCGUGCCGAAAGGAAUACCGAGGAACGCCGAGCGCCUGGAUUUGAACAGAAACAACAUCACCAGAGUCACCAAAGUGGACUUCUCUGGCCUCAAGAACCUCAGGAUCCUUCAUCUGGAGGACAAUCAGAUCAGUGUUGUCGAGAGAGGAGCCUUCCAAGACCUGCGCCUGCUGGAGCGACUUCGCCUGAACAGAAACAAACUCCAGUUCCUCCCGGAGCUUCUCUUCCAGUCCAACCCCAAACUAGGACGCCUAGACCUCAGCGAGAACCAGAUUCAGGCGGUUCCACGGAAAGCUUUCAGAGGAAUCACAAAUGUCAAGAACCUGCAACUGGACAGCAACCACAUCGGCUGCAUCGAAGAUGGAGCUUUCCGAGCGCUGCGCGAUCUGGAGAUUCUCACCCUCAACAACAACAACAUCACCCUCAUCCCGCUGUCCAGCUUCAACCACAUGCCCAAGCUGCGGACACUGCGUCUGCACUCCAACAACCUCCACUGCGACUGUCACCUGUCCUGGCUCUCUGAUUGGCUCAGAGCCCGACGGGGCUUGGCUCCCUUCACCCAGUGCAUGGCCCCCGCCCACAUGAGAGGCCUCAAUGUCCCGGAUGUGCAGAAGAAGGAUUUUGUCUGCAAUGGUCCAGCACAGACAGAGUUGAGGACUUGCACUCCUCAGGUCGCCGUGUGUCCACCCAGCUGCAGCUGCAACAACAACAUCGUGGACUGUCGUCGUAAAGGCCUCACUGAAAUACCAGCCAACCUCCCCGAAGGCAUCGUGGAGAUUCGCUUGGAGCAGAACUUGAUUAAAAGUGUCCCAGCAGGAGCCUUUUCUGCCUACAAGAAGCUCAAGAGGAUUGACUUGAGUAAGAACCAGAUUUCUGACAUUGCCGACGAUGCUUUCAGUGGCCUCCGCUCACUCACCUCACUGGUGUUGUACGGAAACAAGAUCACAGAGCUGCCCAAGGGAUUGUUUGAUGGACUAGUUUCCCUGCAGCUGCUGCUGCUGAAUGCCAACAAAAUUAACUGUUUGAGAGUCAACAUCUUCCAAGACCUGCAGAACCUCAACCUGCUGUCGCUGUACGACAACAAAGUGCAAACAAUCAGCAAAGGACUGUUCGCCCCUCUGCGCUCCAUCAAGACUCUCCAUCUGGCCCAGAAUCCCUUUAUGUGUGACUGUCACCUGAAGUGGCUGGCGGACUACCUGUUUGACAACCCUAUUGAGACCAGUGGAGCACGCUGCAGCCACCCCAGAAGGCUGGCUAACAAGCGCAUCAGCCAGGUUAAAGGCAAGAAGUUCAGGUGCACAGGUCAGGAGGACUACCGGAGUCGUCUGAGUGGCGAUUGUUUCCAGGAUCUGGUGUGUCCAGAGAAAUGUCGCUGUGAAGGCACCGUGGUCGACUGCUCCAAUCUCAAACUGACUCGUGUACCUCCACACAUCCCCGAACACACCACCGACCUGCGGUUAAACGACAAUGAGAUUGCCGUCCUGGAGGCAACGGGGACAUUUAAGAAGCUGCCUAACUUGAAGAAGAUAAACCUAAGCAACAACAAGUUGAGGGACAUCCGUGACGGUGCCUUUGACGGAGCGGUUGGCGUUUUGGAGCUGCUGCUGACGGGGAACAAGCUAACUGGACUGCAGGGACGCAUGUUCAAAGGCCUCAAUGGCCUGAAAACGCUAAUGCUGCGGAGCAACCAGAUCAGCUGCAUCGACAACAGCACAUUCACAGGUCUGAGCUCGGUGCGUCUGCUCUCGCUGUACGACAACAGGAUCUCCAGCAUCGCCCCGGGAGCCUUCUCCACCCUGCACUCCCUGUCUACCAUCAACCUCCUGUCCAACCCGUAUGUGUGUGAUUGUCAUUUGGCCUGGCUGGGUCAGUGGCUGAAGAAGACCAGGGUGGUCAGUGGAAACCCUCGCUGCCAGAAGCCCGCCUUCCUGAAGGAGAUCCCCAUCCAGGAUGUGGCCACACCAGACUUCACAUGCGACGGUGCUGAGGAUAAUGGUUGCCUUCCUUCGUCUAGUUGCCCUGACGUUUGCGCGUGCACAGACGGCGUGGUGCGAUGCAGCAAUAGAGGGCUGCGCUCUCUGCCCAAGGGCAUUCCCAAGGACACCACGGAGCUUUACCUGGAGGGUAAUAUGUUGGCAGCUGUGCCCAAGGAGCUGGCGAGCCUGAGGCAGCUGUCAUUGGUGGACCUGAGCAACAACAGCAUCAGCAUAUUGGCCCCCUCCACCUUCAGCAACAUGUCUCAACUAGCCACACUCAUCCUGAGUUAUAACCAGAUUCGCUGCAUCCCGGUCCAGGCCUUCGACGGGCUCAAGUCACUUCGCCUGCUCACUCUCCAUGGUAACGAUCUUUCAACCAUACCAGAGGGAGCUUUCAACCACCUCACCUCUCUCUCCCACCUGGCUCUUGGUGCCAACCCCCUGUACUGUAACUGUGACCUGCGCUGGCUCUCUCAGUGGGUCAAGGCUGGCUUCAAAGAGCCUGGCAUCGCUCGUUGCACUGGGCCUCCUGAUAUGGCCGACAGGCUACUGCUCACCACGCCACUCAACAGAUUUCAGUGUAACGGUCCAGUAGAAAUCAGCCUGAUGUCAAAGUGUGCCCCCUGCCUGGCAGAACCCUGUCAAAACAAUGGCACCUGUGUCUCCGAUACGACUGGAUCCUACCAUUGCACCUGUCCAUAUGGUUUCAAGGGUCAAAACUGUGAAAUACCCAUCAAUGCCUGUAUUAGUUUUCCGUGCUCCAAUGGAGGAACCUGCCACAUUCAUCCUGGCCGUGAAGACCACUUCAGCUGUGUGUGUCCGCCAGGCUUCGAGGGCCAACGGUGUGAGAUGAACCCAGACGACUGUGAAGACAACGACUGUGAGAACAACUCCACCUGCAUCGACGGAGUCAACAACUACACCUGCGUCUGCCCACCCAACUACACAGGUGACCUGUGUGACGAGGUGGUUGAACCUUGUCUCCAUGGUUUCGACCCCUGUCAGCACGACUCAAAGUGUGUCCAUGUCGGCCGCACUUACAGGUGCGAGUGUUUACCGGGCUAUGUGGGCCAACACUGCGAGCAGGACUAUAACGACUGCCUGGAGAAUAAGUGUCAACACGGAGCGGAGUGUGUGGACGCCGUCAACGGCUAUACCUGCGUCUGCAAAGAGGGUUUCAGCGGGCUGUUCUGUGAACCUCCACCAAUGAUCUUGCUGCAGACCAGCCCCUGUGACCAAUCAGACUGCCAGAACGGCGCCCUCCUGGUGGUUGCCGGGGAGCCCGUCUGCCGCUGCAUGCCCGGUUUCUACGGCAACAAAUGUGACAAGAUGGCCACUGUUCAUUUCCUGGGUCGGGAUGGAUACGUGGAGCUGCCGAGCGCGAAGCUCCGUCCCACGGCGCAUAUUUCAUUGCAGGUGGCUACAGAUAAAGACAACGGGAUUCUGCUGUACAAGGAGGACCACGACCCUCUGGCUCUGGAGCUGUACCAGGGACACAUAAGACUCAUCUACGACAUCGCCACCUACCCCCCCACCACCGUAUAUAGCGUUGAGUCUGUGAACGACGGGCUCUUCCACAUGGUGGAGCUUUUGAUUCAGAACCGUUCACUGAGCCUGGUGGUGGAUAACGGGGCCCCCAAGAGCCUGGGCAAGCUGGCCCGCCAGCCCUCCGUCGACCACAACACACAACUUUACAUUGGAGGAGUACCAUCUCCGGUGGUGGCCUCAGGGCUACGACCCGGCCCUGAACGUUCCCCCCAGCCUUUUAACGGAUGCAUCCACAAUGUCCGAAUCAACGGGGAGCUUCAAGACCUGAGUUACAGAGCAGCAGGAGGAGCACGACAGCAAGGGGUCGAGGGCAAGGCCGAGGGCAUUCUCGCGGGGUGUCAUUCCUGCAGUGUGUGCGCUCAGGGCGCGUGCCGGGAGGGCAGAGAGACGGGGGUAACGUGCGAUUGUCCUCCGGGACGCAGCGGGGCCCUGUGUGACCAGACGACGGCGCCGAGCACCUGUCAGAGCAGCAGAUGUGUUCACGGCCUGUGUGUGCCGAAGGGUCCGUCCUACAGUUGCCAGUGCAGUGAGGGCUACCAGGGUCAGUACUGCGACCAGCGCUCAGAGCCUCCAGCGUGCCGGGGGCAGCGCUGUGGCCACGGGGAGUGUCGCGUGUCAGAGGGAGGAGAGCCCGUCUGCCACUGUCAGCCGGGGUACUUCGGGCCUACCUGUGACACAGAGCUUACGUGUCAGGGACAGAUGGUGAGGGAGCUGGUGAAGCAGCACCGCCCGAUGACAACAUGCACGUCCACCACCAAGAUCCCCCGCAUGGAUUGUCCCCGAUCCUGCGCGGCCGCGGCACCCCACGGUGUGUGCUGCGGCGUCACUAAGAGCCGAAGGAAGAAGGCGUUUUUCCGCUGCACCGACGGCACCUCGUACUCCGACGAGCUGGAGACUGCGCUGGAGUGCGGCUGCUCCAAGUGCCCGUUGUAACGGCACCGCUUGUUCGUUCGUUUUGCAACACCCACCGCCGCCAUUUUGUGAGUUCCACACGUCUGCGAGGCUGUCGCUGAUGAGCACCAUCUUCAUGUGAUUUCUAUUUCAUUUUUUACACAUUCAGUUUGACCGCUGCCAAUUUUGCCGCCUGAGAGAAACCACAAACGGAAAAAUCAUCAAAUGGGACAUGUGUGCGUGUUUUUUGACAGAGAGAAAAUAUAUUGUAAGAUAUAAGUGAGAAAAAAAACAUAGAACUUAUUUUUAUUAUGGAUUUUUUUUUUCUAAAAAGAUGAUAAAAGGACUGAUAAGUUGUGUUUUUGUUUUUUUAUAUGUGUUGAUUAUAUAAUGUGUUACAUAGUAUGGAAAGUUAUUUUGUACCUUGUAAGGAGGACAAAUACACAGCAAAAUAGAUUAACAUUCCUUAAAAGUAUAUGAAUUUAUAUGUUUGUAUAAAUCUAUAUAAAUAUAUACCCUAACCCAACGAAUUCUAUAUUUUCAAAGUGUAUUUGCAUGAUAAUGUGAGUGCUGAUGUGUGGGAGGCUUUGGACACUGAGAGGAGGGCUGAGAGAGAAUAUCUCCCUCGAUUCCACAACAAGGAAAAGGUGGCGGUCUUUCGAUGGCCUCCCUCUUGGAGAGAAAAAGGGAACUGUAUGUGCCUAGCUAACCUGCUUCACUAUAUAAUGGACAUCAUCCUCACAUGUGAGUUCUUUGAGAAACCAUAAGAGACUCUUUCCACAGAGAUGUAUAACACAUUGUUCUAUGCUGUGUUAUUCUUCAGUUUGCUGUUGCACACCAGACUUGGAGCCACUUGAGGUUUGACAUGAAGACAUUUUCUAUUCAUUAAGAAGUACACAUUAUAUACACACUUAUAUAUUAUAAGUCAGGAAUUCCCAUUCAAAUCAACAAGAGUGAAACCAUACUGUAAAUUUAGCAUCGCGCCGAGUGUGUGCCUAUUAGCUGCUGAGAUUUAAAAUCAGUUUUAAUCCUCGAUUCCCAGCAGGAAAACAGGAAGCCAUUUUUAAUCAAACCACCCAUUUGUACAGUGUGUAAAAGUGUUUCCCUUCCUCCUGAGGUUGAACGUGUCCGGUGUGCAUCACUGCUGGUUGUAGUUGUUUGUGGUGAGAAGUGUGCUCUGUUGCACCUGUAACCACCUCCAACAGUGAUGUCACCGUGCACCCUGGGGUACGUUUCUACAGAUGUUAAACCACUGGAGGAGAAACAGCAACAACUAAGUGUUCAGCUGGUUUCAGUUGCUCUUUAAAUGGCUCCUCAACAUCUGAUGAUUUUCUGAUGGGCAGGAAGACCAUUUAGAGUAAAGCCUUUAUGCCAAAGUCAAAUAUAUUUGCCUUAACAGAUAAGUAUGUGCAAAAUGAUUGACGGGAAUUGUUGAUUCAUACAACUUCAAGUGCCUUGGUGUACUUAUUUUUAAAUCCAAAAAUGUUGCUGCAAUAUUGUAAACCACUGCUACUGAAUGUUGAACGUCUCCAUGACAACACAAUCAAAAUGAUAUGGUGGCCUUUCUUAGUUCCCAAAGAAAAUGAUGCUGACGAUAAAUAAAUAAAUACUCGUGUCUCCUGAUCAGGUUGUGUGUGCCGGCCCUAUGAAGUGUGUCGAAACUGAAACCGUUCAAUAAGGUCAAAAACAAGAGAUGCCAUUAAUGUGUCACAGUACAUUUGGUAUGAAUUAUUGGUUGAUAUUAGCCUUGUGUUUAAUGUGAAAUUGCAGCAUCAACAAGAACCCAUUUCUUUUUUAUUUUCCCUCUUACAGUGUCAAAGUGUGAUGCAUUCAGUGUGUUAUAUGAUAACGUUGUAAAAUGCAGGUUGUUUGGUGCGCUUUAAGGUGCAGACAUAACACAUACAUCCACGGAGCAUGUGCUUAAAACAUGUUCACUUUUCAGAUGAAGGUGCAGCUUUUUGAUAAUGUGUUAAUGGUUAAAUGUCCACAUUGACAGUCGGGCGGAGGUUUAAAAAAAAAAAGAAAAAGUGGCUUGCAGUUAUUGACCAAAAAACAGAGUGCUCCAGUCUGAUCACAGCAAACCUCCACAUUAGCAACUCAGUUGCCCGCUGAGGCAAAGUAGUCCCUGUUUUGGGCCGAGGUACCACAACACAGCUGCAAAAGAAAACAUCAGUACGGUUUUUAACUGCCUAGAGAUGACUAACAUGAUUAAAAGCAUAGCAAAAGACUUUAAUGUAACUACUACUGUAUUGUUUACUUAAUGCAUUGUUGCUUUGUUGACAACAGGUGCAAAGUAUUGUCACACUUUUACAGUUAAUUCACAGCUAAAAAGAAAUCUGGGUUUGAGACGUAUCAGUAUUAUCUUUGUCAACGUCACAGUUUCCCACAUCUUCUCUUCCUUCUACCUGACCCUCCUCCUCACUCCUUUCCUUCAUACCUUUCCUCUGCCCUCCCUCUGUUCGCUGCCUUUGUGCCCUGGUGUCUCUGUCCAAGAUGUCUCCUAUACUUUCAUUCAUGAUCGCCAACUCUUCCCCGUCCCUUUUUCUCAUUGUUUGCUCCCAUUAUGUUUUCAGCUUCUAUCUUUUGCCCACUUCUCUUAACUGUGUUCAACCUCUCGUUUCCUGCUUCUAAAAGUAUAGGUCUCCAUUGUGAAGAGAAUCAAAUACUUUAGUUAUUUGUUUUUUGACAGUAGAAACAAGCUUUUAGGUCAGUCAUUUACAUUUUCCAGGUCUUAGGUUGAAAAAAAAUAUGAAUAUGUGAGUGAUGAUA